UUCACUCUCUUCUCUCAGAUGGUAAUGGCGGAUAGAGCUCUGCGUCUCUCGCUGCCCCGACCCUCCGAUUUCAUCUUCCAUAAUUUCUCCAAUCCAUUUCCAUGGCGAUUCCAAAACCCUAGUCUCGCUCCCCCUCCUUCUCGUAUCAUCCAUUGCUCUUCCUCAACGAUAGUACUGUUGGUCCCGGCGAGUUUUUCUCCCUCAGCUCGACGGGGUUUCAGCGACGGAAGCGGCGGCGCGGCGGGUGAAGAUGAUGGCGGAGGCGGUUACGGGCGGGCGGAGAGAAGGAAUUGGAGGCGGCGGAGGAAACGACGGUGGCGAUUAGAGGAGCUCCUGGAGGAUGGUUUGGAUGACGAUGACGGCGGCGGCGGUGGCGAUGAUGAUCCGUGGCGAUUCGUGGGGGAAGUUAUAGACAAUGUUUGGAUUUUCAAGGUCCUCAAGUCAUAUGGAUAUCUUCUCCCGUUCAUCGUCAUAUCAUUUCUGUCUGCAACUGGACCCAAAGCUUUCCUCACAGCAUUGGGAGUAGCCGCUGGACCAUCGUUGUUGUUUCUAGCUUUCCAGAAGUUGACAGCCCGGGAUAAACGGCGAACAAAGUCCAGGACAAGUAACCUUGGGCUAAUGGAGGAGGAGGAGGAGGAAGAAGAAGAAAAGAGAAAGAAUACAAGGGUCGGAUACUAUUCAUCACGCUUCGGGAGCAACGGCACUCCAUCUGAGAUGGGCCGUACAGGUAACAGCAGUUCAGCUGGGGUGACUUCUAGUUCUCGGUUUGGUGGGUGGGAUGAUUUGGACAGCAACGGGUCGAUUCCCAAGCCAUCUCACGGGAAAAACGAACCGAUGAGGAAACCAGUAGGGAACAGGAAGAGGACUGGUUACAAGAGAGUAAGAAGAGAAGAACCAGAACCAUUGUUGUUGAGACUGUUGGUAUCUAUGUUCCCAUUCUUAAGCUCUUAGACAAACAUGCUUAGAUUUUACCAUUUUGUUCCUUGGUAAUCUCCAUAAACAAAUUUUCAAUUGUUUGAGACUUGAGAAAUUGUUUCUUGAAACAACAAGACAGUACAGAGGAAGUUAGAAAUCCA